GCCGUGCUCGGCGGGGAGCAGCCCCGUGCCCAGCCCCGCGUCCCCGGCGCCCGAGGAGCCGCUUCAGAAACGGCGGAGAACUGUGGAGGAUUUCAACCAGUUCUGCACCUUCGUUCUGGCCUAUGCAGGCUACAUCCCGUACCCUGAAGAGUAUGUGCCCUGGACCCAUGGAGGCAGCAUGAGCCCCCAGAACAGCACGGGGAGCACUCAGGACAGCGACAGCUCAACCUCAUCUCUCUCCUCUGAUGGCCACAUCCCAAUGGACAACAGGAAGAACAGGAAUGCUGUGGCCAGGGGGGCUGUGGGCAGUGGCCUGCUAAUGAACAGCCCUGCCUUUUCCACCGCCUUCUACAAUGUCCGGCCCCAGCAAAUCAAACGGAAGAAACCACCGGCAAAGAAACGCAUUUUGGAGCAGGAGGUGAAGAAGAGGGUGCCGCUGAGUGCUUGGAAGGACUUUGGGGCAGAGCAGGAUGGGGUGAAACAGCUGGCUGCACUGGCAGGACAGCUGUCUCCUGUGAAAGAGGAGCUAUUGGAGCCUUCCCUCAACCCAUCUGGAGACCCCCAGCCCCACUCCCUCCUGGAGGAGCCGAUGACGGAGGAGAAGGACUUGAUGUACGGAGCACAGGGAACUGAGAAGCCAGCAGAUGAUCCUCAGCUUAAGGAGCAUGACUCCUUCUCUGGAGAGAGGAAAAGCCCUAGUCCCUGUAAUACCUUGGACCAAAGCACAGGGGAAGAUACAAGCAGAGACACCUCCCAGCUCAGUGUCGAAUUUGCAGAAGUUCCCAACACCAAAGCAGAAGACGAUGAUGCCUGGGAUCUGAUCACCUGCUUCUGCAUGAAGCCCUUUGCAGGGAGGCCCAUGAUUGAAUGUAACGAAUGCGCUACCUGGAUCCACCUCUCUUGUGCCAAGAUCCGCAAAUCCAACGUGCCUGACAUUUUCAUCUGCCAGCGGUGCCGGGAUGCCAAGCAGGAGAUUCGCCGCUCGAACCGAGCUCGGACAGUGCCCCGCAAACGCCUCGUUGACUGAUGCUCCUGCAGAGCAGGAAGGCUGGGGGCCCCUUUUUAACCUGAAGACUUAGACAAUCAAUGCACUGGCAGGGGAGGGGCUGGGACACAGGGCCAGACUGUCCCCCUCACACCUCUGGCCCCUGAAAGCUGCCCUGCUGUCCUCCCCGAGGAUCAUACCGGCUGUAGAGCUCUGCUAUCCCAGAAGUGUGUGGGGGAUAGGAGGAUGGUCCAGAUGUUCAUCCCUGUGGGUGGUGUGUUAGUGUUUGUGAUCUCCUGGGGCCCCACAUGCACUAACUGUUGGAUCCCAUCUCCUCCUCACAGCCCCUCCAAAGAGCCCUGCCCAUGUGCCUUCUGCACUUUCCCUGGGGGAUGCAGGCCCCGCUCCUGUCCUGGUGACACUCAGCUCAGCCCCCACCUGCCAGUCCCCAUGACUAUAAUUCUUAACUGGGUUCUUUCCUACUUGCACAUCUGGUUACUGUGGGACCACAGCUGGGGGCAGGGUGUGGGACAGCCCCCUGUCACACAGCAGCCCCCAGGCUCGUCCCUGUGCCUCUCUCCUCCUGUGGAAAGCCUGGGCCCCAAAAGUGCUUUAUGUUUUUAUAGUUAAUUUGUAUUAUAGUUAAUUUGUAUUAUAGUUAAUUUGUAUUAUAGUUACUUUGUAUUAUAGUUAAUUUGUAUUAUAGCGAAUUCUGGUCCUUGCCCUGUGGAGUGUGACUGGAGUCUUAUGUAUAUAAUAAAUACUUUUGCCAUAACAGU